AUGACGACCAAACCUCCCGCCCUCGAUGUCUCAACCACGCACCUUGUCGCGACACUGUUCUACAAGGCCGACACACCAAACUUCUUCCAGCAUGCAGACUUGUCCCCACGGAGUCCCGGCGACCCGAUCCCAUCCGCCUCGCUCGAAUCGCUAAAGGACGGCGUCGUGCCUACCCAAGACCUCGCAGACUACCCGCUCGAGCCACCAACACCUGGGCCCAACGCUCUUGAUAACCUCUACGGAAGCUAUAUCAGCCAAAGCUGCCUGACCGACUUCUUCGUCACCCUCGCCAACAUCAUAACCGGCUUGGAGCAAAACACAAUAACAAGCAGGAGGCUGGAAGCGGCCAAGCUCUGUAGGGUGGUCGAAGUCACCUUCCCGUUGCCGAGCGCUUCGCCCGUUGCACUGGAGACGCUGCGUAGGCAUGAGGCUGUGUCGCGCUUCGAGCGCAAGUGGAAUGUCGAAUGUGUCUUCCAGGCAGACACGGUACACCGGCGGUACAAGAGGCUGGCUGUAUUCGACAUGGACAGCACCCUGAUACAGCAAGAGGUCAUCGACGAAAUCGCUUCGCUGAUUGGCGUGGAGAAGGAGGUAUCAGCCAUUACUGCUGCCGCCAUGAACGGCGAGCUAGACUUCGAGGCUAGUCUACGCGCACGAUGCAAGCUGCUCAAGGGUGUGCCAAGCAGUGUGUUUGAGACGUUAAAACCACGGAUAACACUGAAUGAGGGUGUCAAGGAGCUCAUCGCCGCGUUGAAACGCUUAGGCUUCAAGACAGCAGUUCUCAGCGGAGGUUUCACCCCACUGACAGGCUGGAUGGGCCAGCAGCUCGGCCUUGACUACGCCUUCGCCAAUCAUCUCGUUGUUUCCGACGACGGAGCCACGCUUACGGGCGAACUGACCGGUGAGAUUGUUCAUGCCCAAAAGAAGCGCCAACACGUCCUAGAAAUUGCCGAGAAAGAAGACAUACUCCUCGACCAAGUCAUAUGCGUCGGUGACGGCGCCAACGAUCUUCCUAUGAUGGGUGUGGCUGGUUUGGGCGUCGCCUUCCACGCAAAGCCAAAGGUGCAGAUGCAAGCUCCUGCUCGUCUAAACUCAAAGAGCAUGCUGGACGUGCUGUACCUCUUUGGCAUCUCCAAGGAAGAGCAAGAAGCACUGUUGCGGUAG